CAAUGAGGUGUCGUUGAGCAGGCCGGUCCCAAUCCAACUGGAUCACUGAAGAUAAGAAUAAAACAAAGAAAUCAGACCAUACUAGCGUAGUCUUUUACCACAAGUGCAAAACAAAAAUGGCUUCAUCAUCUAAUAUGAGCUCUGACAUCAGUAGAAGAAAUCCACAAGAUGAUUAUGAAAUAAUUCAGCGUAUUGGAAGCGGAACAUAUGGGGACGUGUACAAGGCUACACGACUUUCCACAAAUGAAGCAGCAGCUAUCAAAGUUAUCAAGCUCCAGCCAGAGACUUGGACGAGACUGUCGUGGGGCGAGGCAGGAUCGCCUUCACGGCCCGGGGACGACUUCAGCAUAAUCCAGCAGGAGAUACUGAUGAUGAAGGAUUGCCGGCAUGCUAACAUCGUCGCCUACUUCGGCUCCUACCUGCGACGCGACAAGCUGUGGAUCUGUAUGGAGUAUUGCGGGGGCGGCUCGCUGCAAGAUAUCUAUCAUAUCACGGGUCCGCUGACGGAGCCACAGAUCGCGUGCGUGUGUCGAGAGACACUGCGCGGCCUCUCCUACCUCCACACCAUGGGCAAGAUGCACAGGGACGUCAAGAUCACGGCCACCAUCGGCAAAGCGCAGUCGUUCAUCGGCACCCCGUACGGUGGCGCCAGAGGGUCUGACAAUUCGCCUCUACAGAGUGAGGACGCCGCGGAGGCCUUCGUGGCCCCCAUCCGGGCCGAUUUGAGAUGUUCGCUGCGUGGCGCGUAA